GUCUGCACAUGUCCACAGGGAGGAAGGAGACCGCAAAGGGAAGGAGGACUAGACUCCAGAGGACUUUGACUACAGUUUGAUUUUCUUCUCCUUUCAUUCUGUCUAUUCAAAGAAAAAAAUAUAUAUAAAAAUUAUACACACAUACAAUUUUUUUCUUUGAAUAUAGAUCCAGAAAUUGUUUUUCUGAUUUGGGGAUUUUUCCGCUUUUUUUUCCUUCGCCUGUCCCCUGCGCCCUCUCUCCCUCUCCCUCCCUACCCCAGCUCAGGUUGAAACUUUGCAGUGAGCAUUCCCUUCACCCCCUCUAGGAAUGGCUCUGAGCUCUCGGGCGAAUGCCUUCUCGGUGGAAGCCUUGGUGGGGAGACCCAGCAAAAGAAAACUGCAAGACCCAAGAGAGGAGGCACAGCUUGAGCUGCUGGAUAAAGAGGGCAGUGAGGAGGAGGAGAGAAGCAGCGGUGCUGAAGGGAAGAAAAGUGAGCAGCCGGCAGAAAAGCGACCCAAGACAGAGCGCUCAGCAACUGCUUUCUCAGGCUGUGGCGGCGGCGGCGGCGGCGGCGGCGAUCUCAACAGCGGCGAAAGUCUGGAAGAGAAAGAUGCUAUCCAAGUGGAGCUUCAAGGAUCCGACCUGUGGAAGAGAUUCCAUGACAUUGGGACUGAGAUGAUCAUUACCAAGGCCGGCAGGCGGAUGUUCCCCUCUGUUAGGGUCAAGGUGAAAGGACUGGAUCCAGGGAAGCAGUACUUGGUGGCCGUCGAUGUGGUGCCAGUGGAUUCCAAACGUUAUAGGUACGUGUACCACAGCUCACAGUGGAUGGUAGCCGGGAAUACGGACCAUUCGUGCAUCACUCCCAGGUUCUAUAUUCAUCCGGACUCGCCCUGCUCGGGAGAGACUUGGAUGCGGCAGAUCAUCAGCUUUGAUCGCGUGAAACUCACCAACAACGAGAUGGACGACAAAGGCCACAUCAUUCUGCAGUCCAUGCACAAGUACAAGCCCCGUGUGCACGUGAUGGAACAGGACAGCAGGGUUGACCUGUCCCGGAUUCAGUCCCUGCCCGCUGAAGGUGUUAAAACAUUCUCUUUUAAAGAAACUGAGUUCACCACAGUUACAGCUUACCAAAACCAGCAGAUUACCAAACUGAAAAUAGACAGGAAUCCUUUUGCCAAAGGAUUUAGAGAUCCUGGAAGAAACAGGGGUGUAUUGGAUGGGCUUUUAGAGACCUACCCAUGGAGGACUUCUCUCACUCUGGAUUUUAAAACUUUUGGUGCAGACAGACAAAGUGGAAGCAGUGGCUCAUCUCCAGUGACCUCUAGUGGAGGGGCUCCUUCUCCUUUGAAUUCCUUGCUUUCUCCACCUUGCUCUCCGCCUACAUUUCACUUACCUAUAAGCUCCCUUGGAAUGCCCUGUCCGGAGGUGUACCUGCACGAUGUCAACCUGCCCCUUUGCUACAAGAUUUCCCCAACUAAUUUUUGGCGACAGCAGCCUCUUGUCUUGCCUGCUCCUGAAAGGCUAGCAAGCAGCAACAGUUCUCAGUGUUUAGCCCCAUUCGUGAUGGAAGUUCCCAUGUUAUCUUCCCUGGGGGUCACCAAUUCAAAAAAUGAUUCUUCUGAAGGCUUCAGUGGGCAGUGUCUACAAGCACCUAAUUCAGUCAAUCAAAUGUUGUAUGGAUUACAGGCACCUGGAAAUAUUUUAUCACCAAAUCCCAUUGCCCAGGAAGCAAUUGGUUGUUCUUUACAGCCUUCCUAUGGCUUUUAUAGGUACAACUUAUCCUUGCCAUCUAGAUUGGUAAAUGCUGCCAACCAUCUCAAAGUGAAUGACAACAGUCAAGUUUCUUUUAAAGAAGGUAAAUGCAAUCAUUCUCAUUGGUAUCCAACAAUUAAUCAUUGCUUUUAAUGUGAUAGUCACAUUCAUUCAUAAAACAAUUACAUGUAAGCACAUAUUUUUUUUAUUUGUAGCCAAAGAAAAGUUAAGAGCUAUUGGGCUUAAAAAGCUUCAUUGCCAGAGGGUAUUUCUCUGUUACGCAUUUAAAGUGCCUUAUGAAAUGUUCACAAGAAGUUGUUAUAGGUCAAAUCUGACCUAUCACAAUCUCUGAUUACAACGGCCUUGGGUCUCAAAAUAAGAUACUCAAUAAACAUUAUUUAAUGAGAUGGACUACCAGUGAAAAUUGACUGCAGAUAACGAAGUCUCUAAUUAUAGUGAAGCCAAUUUACCAUGUCAGCUGCCUCUUACAUAUUGACAAUGACCAAAAGAAGAUGUAUUUAAUUGCCGUGAAAGCAGUGAAACAAUUUAGUUUAAUCUAUGAAUAU